UUAGGUGCCUUAAAUCCUGAUGCAACCAAUUUCAUUCCAAAGGAAAUGCAGACCUGCAGUCUACAUUGGAACAGUCAGUCCAGGUGGGAAUUGGAUCGGGAUUCAAGCAGCAGCAGCUUACCACCUCCUAUUCAUCCUAGGCACAGUAAACAUGAUGGCUCUUCAGCAGACCAGAGUAACUUUUGCAGUGUAGAGAGCCAGCACAGACGGCAGCCAGAUUCUUUGCUUUCUGGCAGUAUGGGUAAAACAAAAAGCCGUAAUUUUCAGAGUCAUCGGUGGCAGAGGUCAAGGAAUGAUAGAGCGCAUGGCAAAAACCAGGUAAAACAAGCAACUGCCAGCGGCUUAGAAGACCCUGCAUGUUUAGAUACCAAGCUGAUUUCAGGACAAAGACUGAAUCCUAGAGAAUACAGUGACUUCUCCUCAGAUAGUGAAAAGGAAGCUGCAGAUAACAGAGGAGCAAAGCCAAAGAAGACAUACACGAUGCAUUCACGUGGAAGAGGGUUGAAAGAAAAGGAGAAGCAUCCACCCAAACGGGAUAAAAAAAUACCUUCCAAGUGGAAGGAUGAAGUCUAUGAAAACAUACCAGUGGUCGAUCUGACUCAGUCAGACUCUUCUGAAGCAUCCUUUGGGGGGAAAGUUGUGUCAGAUGGCUUUUCUGACAACAGCAUUGUGCGGAGAAGAUAUCCUUUUGCAAACAAAUGUUUUAGGGAGCCUGUGCGGAAUAAAGAGACCAGCAAAAAGCAAGAUAUGCCUAGGAGCAAAAAUGCCAGACACAGUAAGAAUGCAUCCCUUCCACAUCCUCCUAAAGAGCGCGUCAGCGAGAAGAGGAAAGAAUCUGUGCUGCACGUAAGAGGAGCAAACUUUGUGAGUGUGCCGCAGACUCAGCCUGUGUAUGAAACAGCCGCACAUGGUGGCAGGAAACCCCCCAUCCUUCAAGAGGGACAUAAAAGCAGGCACUGGAAGAAGCAAAAUGAUGCACCGAGGAGUAAGGAAACACACACAGGGUCUCUAAUAGAGCAGCUUACCUCAGAGAAAUACGAGUGCAUGGUGUGUUGCGAGGUGGUCCGCGUGGUGGCCCCAGUGUGGAGCUGUCAGAAUUGCUAUCAUGUAUUCCACUUGAACUGCAUUAAGAAAUGGGCACGUUCACCAGCAGCACAGGCCGAAGAUGGCAAUAGUGGUUGGCGCUGCCCAGCUUGUCAAAAUGUUUCAUCGCACAUUCCUAGUGCUUACACCUGUUUCUGUGGUCGGGUUAAAAACCCUGAGUGGAACAGAAAUGAAAUUCCACACAGUUGUGGGGAACUCUGUAGAAAAAGAAGAUCUGUUCAGGAUUGCCCUCAUUUAUGUAAUAUUCUCUGUCAUCCAGGACCUUGCCCAUCAUGCCCUGCUUUUAUGACCAAAAAAUGUGAAUGUGAACGCACAAGCCAUUCAGUUCGAUGUGGGCAUUCUACUGCAAUUCAGUGUACCAAUAUAUGUGGGAAUAUUUUGAAUUGUGGUAAACAUAACUGUACCCAGAUAUGCCAUUCAGGAAAAUGCCAACCAUGUAAAUUGACUGUAAAGCAAGAGUGCUACUGUCAGAGUACCUUUCGAGAAGUCUUAUGUGGAACAAGUGAAGAACAAUUCUCCUGUCUCAGAACUUGCGGCAAAAAACUGUCUUGUGGGAGGCACGACUGUGCCCAGGUUUGCCACCCCCAGUCUUGUCAGCUUUGCCCACGGCUUCCGGAAGUUGUGCACAGCUGCCCCUGUGGUCAAACUCCUCUUAGCAAAUUAUUAGAGCUGGGGUGUACGGAACGUAAACUCUGCACGGAUCCCAUCCCAUCAUGUGGAGGAACAUGUGGCAAACCUCUUCCUUGCAGUAGCUAUGAUGCUGUUCAUACGUGUGAAAACCUCUGCCAUGAAGGAGAAUGUGGAAUAUGUUCUCGCACAUCAAAGGUUUACUGCAGAUGUGCCUCAAAAACAAAGGAAGUUCCCUGUGCCAGUCUCAAAAACCAAGUUGAAGUUACAUUUUUGUGUGACAAGCGGUGCAACAAGAAACUGCCGUGUGGGCGACACAAGUGUGGUGGGGUGUGCUGUGUGGAUAAGGAGCACAAAUGUUCUUUAAUAUGUGGACGUAAGCUCAGUUGUGGUAUUCAUAGAUGUGAAGAACCUUGCCACCGCGGGAACUGUCAGAAAUGCUGGCAGACAAGUUUUGAGGAAUUAACUUGUUAUUGUGGUGAAUCAGUGAUUUAUCCCCCAAUACCUUGUGGUACUCGAACACCUGAGUGUAAAAAUUCAUGUACCAGACCCCAUGAAUGUGAUCAUCCAGUAUAUCAUUCCUGUCACAGUGAAGAGAAGUGUCCACCAUGUACAUACCUUGUCCAGAAAUGGUGUAUGGGAAGGCAUGAAUUGCGCAACAAUAUUCCUUGUUACCUCACUGACAUCUCCUGCGGCCUUCCUUGUGAUCGAAUGUUAAAAUGUGGCAUGCACAAAUGUAAAAGGAUCUGCCACAAAGGGGAAUGCCUCAUAGACGAAGAGUGCAGGCAACCAUGUACUAUUCUGAGGCUUCACUGCAACCACCCAUGCAUGUCUCCGUGCCAUCCAUCUUUACCUUGUCCGACAACAUCUUGCAGUGCAAAGGUUGAACUUCAGUGUGAAUGUGGAAGAAGAAAGGAGGCGAUGGUUUGUUGGGAAGCAUCUAGUAUGUAUCAAAGAAUAGCUGCAAUUUCCAUAGCUUCUAAGUUGACAGAUCCACAACUGGGAGAUUCAGUGGAGAUUAGCAGAUUGAUUACCAAAAAAGAAAUGAAACAAGCCAGGCUGCAGUGUGAUGAAGAAUGUUUGGCGCUUGAAAGGAACCGGCGGUUUGCUGAGGCUCUCCAUAUCGAUGACAAUUCUGAUCCUUUUAAUGUUCGUUCCUCUGCACCCAAAUACAGUGACAUCUUGAAAGAGGAUGGGAGAAAGGAUUUCAAGUUUGUCAGUGAAACUGAGAAAGAAAUGAAAGCCCUUGUAGAAGCUGUCAAUAAGAGUAAACAUACAAAGAAGAGUCAUUGCUUCCCACCCAUGAAUAGAGAACACCGCAGAAUCAUCCAUGAGCUUGCUCAGGCUUACGGCAUUGAGAGUGUGAGCUAUGAUAACGAACCAAAGCGCAAUGUUGUUAUCAGUGCGGUGAAAGGGAAAUCAGUUUGUCCGACAAUUGCUCUGACAUCUCUGCUUACCAAGGAGAGGCAGAGCAGACCUCCACCCCCUAUUCCUCAUCACAAGCAGUCAGAGAAGCAUGGGAAUAACAACCCAGGACAAGGCUUCAAAGAAGAGCCUGUGAUCGACUACUUUGAUGUACAAGACUGAAGUAAUGAAUUGUGUU